GGGUAUCGAAGACGCCCAUGGAACAUUUGGGGAUUUUAUGAUAGAUCUAGAAUCUGGGAGGAACAGCACAGGUAUUUAAGUACAAUAGAAGGUCGGCAAAGAAAGUGGUUUCUUGAGCCAAGUGCUUUUUAGAGACUUUCAGCUUCCAUCCAACUAAUUCUCCGAAAGUGGCUUGCUUGCCUACAUUUACUUUUUUGAGUAUCAUAUUCCUUCUUGCGGAAGAUAACCGACCUUAUCUAUAUUUGAUUCGGAGUUUAUGAUAAAUUCUUCUCCCUUGUCUUCUAUAUAUUUUCCACAAUUUCCCUUCGGAUCAGAUAAGAAAGAUGGCGAUCGCUCAAGUAAAUAUUUCCUCUUCACGUCUUCAGCAGCGUCGGCGUAAAGCUGCUCCUCCAGCUCUAUCAAUCGGAGUUCCACCGGUCCGAGCACCUCACCAACGAGUAUCUCAUCAUCGAAAAGUCGAAUUGGUUUCGGCAUCGAAUAUGUCAAGAGAUGAUCCACCAUCUCCUCCUCCAAACCCUCCUCCAAGUCCGUCGAUGCUCAUUGAGCUAGAUGAUGAUGAUUUCAAGAUUUGAGUUGUAAGUCUAUUUCAUGAUGGCUCAUGUUGUUUAACUUUGAACUAAUCUCUGUUAAAGGUGGUUCUGCAUUCGAAGCCCAAGCUGGAGUUUUGUCGAGAUACAAAUUUGCUGCAUUCGCUUGGGGGCAUAUCAUUGGUGGUCGGGGUGUGGAAACGGAGUUACUAUAGGGUUGGUAGGCGGGGUCGGCUCGAGGUUUUUGUUCGGGUUCUGGUCCUGAAUAUUGGAGUAUAGACA